AUGGAAGCCAAGGGCGCGAGCGAGCGGGAUGCUCUGAUCGACCUGGAGAGUGGGAACAACGUUGUUAUCAGCGAGCAUGGCCAUGGAAUGGAUGCUAAUUUUGCGGUGAGCCCACCCAGAACACCGCCAAAUGGGGGGCUGAAUCGUGUCAUGCACACCAAGGAUGAGGGGAAUCAGCACAUGGAUUGUUCCUCGCCCGCUAUGGAAACCGCUUCCAAGAAUGGAGAUGACAGGAAGUCCGAAGGGGAGGAGAAGCUGGGCCUCCUGGACAGUUCUGGAGGUGAGAAGGCAAAGAAGAAGCGGUCCAGCUCCAAGAAACCACCGCGGCCACCGAGGCCGCCGACGCAUUUGCCGUUGGAUGCUUCUGACCAGAAGCUCCUCAAUGAGCUGAAUGAGCUCGCUUUGUUGAAGCGGGCAAGGAUUGAGCGGAUGAAGGCUUUGAAGAAGAUGAAGAAUGGCAAACAGGGUUCCUCAAAUAGCAAUUUUUGUCCAAUGAUCAUCACCAUUAUCUUCUGCCUCGUCAUACUCUGGCAAGGGUUUUGCUCAAGGCAAGCAUCUGGAGUAAGCUUCCACGGAUCACCUGAAUCUUCGGUUAGAGAGCAUAGCAGCCUGAUCUCCAUUCGAUUCUACAAGAAGAACCAUUCUAACGUCAGACCUCACGGUUCCACCUCCGCGGCUCCCAACAACUACGAAACACACCACCGGGGCUGGAGAUCCGUCCCGAGGGGAGAGAGGCCGCGGCACGAGCACGUCGGCCGGGCAUGA